AAAGACAGAAUUUUUCUAAAGAAAAAAGAACCAUUAGGAGUGGUAGAAUUUGAAGAGCCAGCCAUAUCAUAAGAAUUAAAGUGUUGGGAACAACAGAUAGAUGAGAAAUGACAGUUAAAAGCAUGAGAAAUAAGUAGAGGAUCAGUAAUAGUUUCAUUUUUAAUACGUAUCUGGUUUAUGAGGUUUUUGUUAGUUUAACCAAUUCCAACCAGACUUCAGUACAGUACAAGGCCUGAAACUAGAUAACUGUGUGAUUUACAUGACUGUUUGUUGAUUACUGAGAGGUAUUGUGUUGCUGGGUCUGUUGAGAUCAGCCACUGGGAAUGUUCAGGGGACAUACUGCAGUAUAGUGUAUGGCCUUCUUGAAGUUUGGAUUAACCUGCUCAGGGCUUCAGGGAAGUGUUCAAAUUACUUAGCAGCCACAAAAAAGGCCUGUACUACCCCGGAAGAAACAAAAUGUUGAGUUUUGAGUCCAAAUUACCAUAAACCUAUUAGUUAACCGCUAAUAUCCCCAGGGCAUCCUUAGUCAUUGGCCUGACUGAAGGAGACAUCAGUAAAGAAAGAGUUAUUAAAGAGAGAUGUUUAUGAUACUUAUUUAUUUAACUCUGAACUGUGCCUCUACUUGUUGAUGUUUGCCAAAAAUUAUUUCUCACGGGAAAGUAUAGUUAUGUCAUUGAACCAGUUGCUGAAAAGAGGAAAUACCAUAAACAUGCAUUACUUACAAGAAUUUCACUUCUCUUUUCUUUCUAAAUGAACAUUUACCCUGGAACUGGAUAAUGGUAAAUUUACUGUUGAUGAGCUCAGCAAUAAUAUGCCAGGCGUGUCGACACAGAGCAAUGUGCCAAUAAAUCAUCUCUUACAUGACUGAUCUCAGCUAAUCAGUCAAAAUGGAGAGAAGAGAAAUCUCAGGUAGUAAUUUUGAUGGUGGAUUUAACACACUGAUUUGUCAAGAGGACUUGAACGGCGAGGAGCAACAAGUGUCCAUGUCCAAUAUGAUACCUUCAAAACAUUGUAGACUGGUUGCAGUGAGCCUGGCACUACUCGCUGCUGUUCUACUACUAGCUGAUAUCAGCCUGGGAGUCCACUACAACAAACUUACAGAUACCUACCUCACACUCUAUGAUACAGAGCGCAUCAGCAGCAAGUUGAUCAAACUCCAGGAUACUUACAAGACCGCAAUUGAAACCAUGAAGGGUGCCAAGAAGGAGCUGGACAGUGAGAUGAGUCGACAGACACAAACCAACUGGGAGCUUGAACAUCAAACAAAAAGAUCUAAAGACUAUGAAGUGCAGAUUGAUAAAAUUAAGAAGAACAUUGACGCAAUGAGAUCCCACUUGCCAAUGAUUAAUGAUGGCUGCAAACACUGUCCACCAGGAUGGCUUCUGAUGAACUCAGUAUGCUAUUACUUCCCUUUCUCUGACCGUGAUGGAAUCAAAUCCUGGAAAAACGCUAGACAGUACUGCCAGGUACAUGGAGGUGACCUUGCAGUCAUAGACAACAAAGACAAAGAGAAGUCAAUUGUCGAACACUUGGUGAAUGAUCAAAAAACCUUAAGAUCCUUGAUGGGCUUCUGGAUUGGACUAAGAGAUUUGCACGAAGAAGGGACGUGGAAAUGGCUGGAUGAAACAGUACUGGUUGAAGGGUACUGGAAUGAUGGAGAACCAAAUGAUAUCAAUGAUGAGGACUGUACAGCUGUGUAUCCCAGAGAAAACUUCUUCAAGGCUUGGAAUGAUGUUGAAUGCAGAGUUGAACUAAAAUGGAUUUGUGAAAAAGCACUAACUUCUACGAGUUAAUGGUGUUUUGUUAUUGCAUUUGAUUUUUAAGCUUAACUGUUUUCAUAGACAGUCCACUCCACUGUUACAAAAAUCUCUGUAGGAUUUUUAAUUUAACCCAAAAGCCAACACUGCCUGCCACUAUAGGAAAAUCCUUGCUAGAUUUUGAAAUUUUUCUUUAAGAUGCAUAUUGAUAAUUUGUUGACUUUCUUUACUGGAAUUGUUGUUAAAAUAGUGCCAUGCUGUGAAAUUCAACUUGUGUACUGUACUUUUCCAAGUGAUAUGCCAAGGUAUUUGCUUCCUGUGACCCUCCCACUGUAACAAAUGUCUCUGUAAAAUUACAGUAAACUACUGGCAGCUGUAGUUGCCAGCAUUUUACCAUU